AAAUUUCUUUAUAGAAAUCACAGAAUUAAUGGAAAAUAAGAAAUAUUAAAUGGGAAAAGAGACAGUGUCUGAUAGGUUGGCUUCUGUUUCAAGUGUGGUACUAUGCUUUUCAAGCAUACUGGUAGUGUGAUAAUGCAUUCCACUUGCUAUUAUUCAAAUGUCAUUCUUCCCAUAUGAGGCUUAAAAAAAUGAUUCUUUGAAGAGGUGGAUGAGGUUGCCUGUCCACUACUACUUAAACCAGAUGAACAUCAAGAGGAAAUGCAUUAUGAAGCCAUGAAGUCCAAUGCUUCUUAUGGGGCAAUGGCAAUAGUCCAGUUAGCAUACGGUGGAGCAAAUAUCCUAAUGAAAAUUGCCCUUGAAAAGGGACUCAAUCAACUUGUCUUUGUGGUUUACAGGCAUAUAAUUGCCAUGCUUUUGUUAGGUCCCUUUGCUUAUGUACUUGAAAGGAAAAAUCGACCUCCACUCUCAUUCUCUGUGAUUGCAAAGAUUUUUUUGCUUUCGUCACUUGGGACAACCAUCCAUCUUAAUGUUUACUAUGCUGGUUUAGCAUACACUUCUCCAACAGUUGCAAGUGCCUUAAGUAAUGUUAUCCCUAGUUUGACCUUCCUCAUAGCAGUAAUACUCAGGAUGGAGACAUUGAACAUAGCAAGUGUUAGAGGUCAAGCUAAGGUGCUGGGUACACUGAUUUGCAUUGGUGGGGCACUUACUUUUACCUUCUGGAAAGGAAGAUAUCUUUUCAAAGGCUUUGUGCACAGGCCUCUGAUAAUCAUCUGUAGCACCAACAGUUGUGAGUUGAAACAUGGCAAGGAUAACUGGAUUAAGGGUGCUGCACUUAUUCUGACAAGUCACAUAGCAUGGAGUGCAUGGCUGAUUCUCCAGGCUGUGGUCUACAAAGUCUACCCCGCUAGAUUAUCGCUGAACACUUUGAUUUGCUUCUUUGCAUCAUUGCAAUCUUUUUUUCUUGCACUGUUUUUUGCAAGAAAUCUAGACUUAUGGAAGCUGGAGUGGAACAUGCAGCUAUUAACCAUCCUCUACAGUGGAGUGGUGAUCUCAGCUUUAGUCUACUACUUGCAAACAUGGUGUAUCAGUAAUAAGGGACCAGUUUUUGCAGCAAUGUUUAGUCCACUACUCUUAAUUAUUGUGGGAAUAUUCUCGGCAAUUGCUUUUGCAGAGAGACUACACUUGGGCAGCUUGGUAGGAGCGUCUCUCAUCAUUGCAGGCCUUUACUGUGUACUUUGGGCGAAAAGGAGAGACAAUCUUGUCAUUGGACAGCCAGACGAUGAAAAAGGAUUUGAUGAUCACAAAAUGCAAGAGAUUUCGAUCAAUGAGACCGAGAUGAAUUCUGUCACAAAUGAAACAAAAUGAAAUACACCUUUAUUGGAAAAUAAAUACAAAAAUAAAGGUGUUUUUCAUUUCCCUUGUAAAACAGAUUAGUUGUUUUUACUUUCGUUUGAUUGUCAAAGCAACCAUUCUUAUCAUUUCGUUGCAAGUAAAGGUUGUAAACCUGAAACAUCACUCUAUGAAGUACUU